AUGGGAUCUUCAAGAAAGAACCAAGUUUCCAUUUCAGACAAGAUCUUUGUGUCCGAGAACAAGCAAGUCGAACCGACGAGAACUUGCGUAGUUGGAAAUACAGAUGAGAACGUGGAGGAACUAGCUACAAGUGUGAAGUUUCAGAGAUCUGUGACAUUACUUGGUGGUUCUACUACGCUCUCGUUGCUCGGCAUUGGGUUUAGGGAGAAAAAGUUUGCAAUCAUCGGUGUCAAAGUCUAUGCUGCUGGUUUAUACAUGAAUGAAUCUAUUUUAACCGAGUUAACCGCGUUAAAAGGGAAGUCUUCUGAUAAGAGUCAAGCAGAGAAAUCGUUGCAGAUUGUUCUUGUGAGAGAUGUUGAUGGUAAAACCUUCUGGGAUGCAUUGGAGAAAUCGUUGCAGAUUGUUCAUACUCUUGACUUAGAUCAACCCUUCUAA